AGGUUGCAGCUUGUUGGCUUUGAUUGUGCAAUACAUCGUUGAUGGUGUGUUUGUAUACAGCUGUCUAAAGACCAUCCUUGUUACAAACGUUUCCAAGAUGGAUGCAAAACUGGAAGAAGCAAUGGCUUCGCAAAAGGCGGAUGUUGAAGCCAUCACAAUCUUCAAAGAAGACCUCCCGCCCGCUCAAGCAGGCGUCAUAUCGGAAGCAGAGAAGAAGCUCCUCUGGAAGCAAGACAUCCGCAUCAUCCCCAUCUCGGCAGGCAUCUACUUCCUCUGCUUCCUCGACCGCGCCAACAUUGGCAACGCCAAAGUCCUCAACGUCACCACCCACGACGACCUGCAGCACACCGCCGGCAUGAGCAACAAGCAGUUCAACGUCGCCCUCAUGGUCUUUCUCGUUGCCUAUGCCGUCUUUGAGGUGCCCAGCAACAUCCUGCUCAAGAAGCUGCGCCCGAGCCGGUGGCUGGCCUUUCUCAUGUUUUGCUGGGGCGUCAUCACCAUGUGUAUGGGUGCCACCAACAGCUUCGGCAGCGUUACAGGAGUCCGAUUCUUGCUUGGGGUGUUUGAAGCUGGCUUGUUUCCCGGACUGGUGUAUUAUAUCACCUUCUGGUACCGAGACCACGAGCGCAGUGUUAGGGUGGCCUUUAUCCUUGCCUCGGCGACAUUAGCAGGAGCUCGGCAAUGCCUGCAGUUUGGCGGUGCCAUUGCCUACGGAAUCGGCCACAUGAACCAAGUCCAUGGCCUGGCCGGCUGGCGCUGGCUCUUCAUCCUCGAAGGCAUCCCGUCCUGCCUCUCCGCCUUCCUCGUCCUCUUUUUCCUCCCCGACUACCCUGAGAGCGCCACCUGGCUGUCCGAGCAGGAAAAGGACCUGGCCAUCCAGCGCCUCUUUCACGAGGGCAGCAAGGGUCACCAUCCCAGCAUGACAUGGCAAGACGCCAAGGCUACGCUCACCGACUGGCGUUUGUAUGCUCACUACGCCAUCUACUUUGCCGUCAGCCCGCCGUUUGCCAGCCUCAGCCUCUUUUCGCCGUCCAUCACGAGCGGCCUUGGAUAUGUCGACCUGGAGGCGCAGCUCAUGACGGUGCCCCCUUGGGCGGUUGCCUACGUCUGCCAAGUCUUGGUCGCGAUAUCAGCAGACCGCUUCAACGCCCGAGGCUAUCACGCUGCGGGAGCUGCCCUCGUCGGCGCCGUCGGCUUCAUCGCCUCGGCCGCUCUCCCGGCAACGUCCUACAAGGCUCGCUACGGAGGCCUCAUCCUCGCCACCGCGGGCUCCUUUGCCAGCAUCCCGCCGAUGCUGGGCUGGCUGACGUCCAACGUCGUCAGCACCGCGUCCACGGGCCUCGCCAUCGCCAUCAACGUGAGCAUCGGCGGAGGCCUGGGGCAGAUCCCCGGCGUGUGGAUCUACAAGGCGGACGAGGCCAAGAGGGGGUAUCCCACGGGCCACUGGACGAAUGCGGGCUUCUUGCUCUUUGUCGUGGCUGUUUGCUUGGGGCUGAGGGUGUUUUAUGGGCGCAAGAACAAGGCCUUGAUUGCGCAUGGCGAGAGGGAGGGCGUUUCCGUGAGGCUGUACAAGCUCUGAUGGACGUGGCUCCUUGAUGAUGGUUUAUGGUUUAUGAAUCAUGUUUGGCAACUUUUGAUCUGGCGUGGCUUAUACAAUCGCAAGACAGCCGUAUAUAA